AUGCCUAACCAGAGGCCCCCUGUCAGAAUGCCUAACCAGAGGCCCCCUGUCAGAAUGCCUAACCAGAGGCCCCCUGUCAGAAUGUCUAACCAGAGGCCCCCUGUCAGAAUGCCUAACCAGAGGCCCCCUGUCAGAAUGCCUAACCAGAGGCCCCCUGUCAGAAUGUCUAACCAGAGGCCCCCUGUCAGAAUGUCUAACCAGAGGCCCCCUGUCAGAAUGCCUAACCAGAGGCCCCCUGUCAGAAUGCCUAACCAGAGGCCCCCUGUCAGAAUGCCUAACCAGAGGCCCCCUGUCAGAAUAUCUAACCAGAGGCCCCCUGUCAGAAUGUCUAACCAGAGGCCCCCCUCUCCCCUCAGCCCUGAACCAAGCCCUCCACCUCCAGCCCCCUCAGCCCUGAACCAAGCCCUCCACUACCAGCCCCCCUCAGCCCUGAACCAAGCCCUCCACUUCCAGCCCCCCUCAACCCUGAACCAAGCCCUCCACUGCCAGCACCCCUCAACCCUGAACCAAGCCCUCCACUUCCAGCCCCCCUCAGCCCUGAACCAAGCCCUCCUCUGCAAUGCCCCCUCCUCUAUCCCCUCACCGUUCCCCAGCUAA